AUGAGUAAUAUUGCCGAAGUUCUCAAGCGGAUUAGGAGCGUCAUUGAUGCCAAAGCUUCUGUUCAGAUGAGCAUGGGACCAUUCAAAUGUAGUCUUCCUGAUAAUAUACAAGCGGAACAAAUAUACGAGCAAAUCAUGGAUAUUGCAAGUGUUACGGAUGGUGUCACAAGACAAAAACAUAAAUGCCAAAUUGUCACUAUCCUUAGGCAAAUUACUGCUGAGAAAAGUGAAUCAAUUCAGCACACAGAGUUCACUGACAAUAAACUGCAUAUUUUUAUGGCUGAUGUGUGUCUCAUAAAGGAGGAAAGUGGUCGAGUUAAAUUAGAAGGAUUCUAUGGUAUUUUGCAAGCGGACAUAUCUAAAGAAUGGUUUUGGGCAAGGACAAGAGUAACACGAAAUAUUACAGACAUUUUCGGAGAUGCUUAUUAUAAACAAAAAACAAUAAAAUAA